CAGAGAGAGAGAGAGAGAGAGAGAGAGAGAGAGAGAGCUACUUGCGGAGCUCAGGUGAGAGCGUUUAGAAAUCAGUAGAGGCGAGAGAGAGAACUCUACUUGCGGAGCUCAGGUGAGUGCGUGUAGAAAUCAGUAGAGGCAAUGUCAACAAAGGAAGCGGAGAAGGAUUUGGAGGAUUUCGUCUUCUCUUGGUCCAUCCAAGACGUACUCAACGACAAUCUCUUCAAAGGAAGGGUGAGUAAGAUCCCAGAUACAUUUCAAUCCAUUGAGCAGUAUUAUGGAUCUUUCAUUUUUCCUUUGAUCGAGGAAACACGGUCUGACUUGUGUUCGAGUAUGGAGGUUCUCUCUAAAGCACCAGUCUAUAGAAUACAAUCAGUUGGGUUAUCUGGUUCUAACAAGUCGGUAUAUGGCAUUUCAAUGGUACCUUUCAGAAAUGUUUCAGAUAAGGGAGGAAAAGAAACUUCCGGUCCAAAGAACGGAGAUAUCUUUGCUUUGUGUGAUGUGGCACCUUCAAGCGUUGCUGAUCUAAACUGUGAUGGAAGAUUCUACACUCUUGGUUUAGUUGCUAAGAAUGAAGAUGCUGAAAGUGGCCCACCAUUUGAAAUUCGAGCCAAAGUAUUGAAGGAUGUUGUGGCUCCAAAAGGAAAGGAGAAAUCUCUUUUCGCUGUUUUCUUGAUCAAUAUAACGCCGAACAAUCGUAUCUGGAUGGCCUUGCAUACGAUUCAUAGAAAUUCCAAUGUCAUAAAGGAAGCAUUAUGCACCAAUUCUUUGGUUGAGAGUAGUUGCAAAAACUGUUCUUCAGGAGAAUUUGGAGAGAAAAUCAAAGUUUUGUUGCAAAAGGUGCAAUCCAGUUUAUACUCAUUCGAGCUGAAUGAGUCACAAAUCAGAGCAGUAUUGAGUUCUAUAGAAGCAAAGCAAUGCAAGCACAAGCAUUCGAUCCAACUAAUCUGGGGCCCACCGGGGACAGGAAAGACGAAAACAGUCAGUACAAUGCUACUGGCACUUCGAGCAUUGAAAUGCAGAACACUUACGUGUGCACCGACAAAUGUUGCAGUAUUAGAAGUGGCCUCACGUCUUCUGAGGUUGUUAAGAGGGUCAUGUCCUACUGAUCCAUGCCCAUUGGGAGACAUAGUUUUAAUGGGAAAUAAAGAACGUAUGAACAUUACCGAAGAUCUUGAAGAUAUUUUUCUGAAUCACCGCAUCAGUAGGCUUUUGGAGUGCUUUGCACCACUAUCAGGGUGGAGAUACACGCUAGUGUCAAUGAUACAAUUUCUCAAAGAUUGUGUUCUUCAGUAUGAUAUCUAUUUGGCAAAUCAAAAGGCAAAAGAGGAUAAGAUGGGCAUGGAUGACUUGACGUUUCGGGAGUUUGUCAAGAGCCGAUUUGGUGCCAUUGCGAAGUCAUUGAAGAAUAAUAUAAGGUGCCUUUGUACCCACUUACCAUCGUCUUCACUUUCAAAAAAGAACUACAACAACAUGGUUUUAGCUUUCAAUUCAAUUGAAUCUUUUGAAAGCUUGUUACGUGCGAAUAAUGCCAGUAACAAGACACUCAAGAAACUAUUUAUGCAGUCCAAAGGAGUAAACAAUAUGUGCAAGGCCCGUAACAAGUGUCUUCAAGUUCUAAGAGAUCUUCAAGGAAAAAUUAAGAUUCCCCAAUUUCUCGACAUAGAUAUGAUUCAAGAAUUUUGCUUGAAAAGUGCUACCCUCGUUUUUUGCACGGCUUCUAGUUCAUCUAAAUUGCAUUCUUUAGAGAUUGAACCAUUUGAGAUGGUAGUUAUCGACGAAGCUGCUCAGCUGAAAGAAUGUGAGUCAUUGAUUCCAUUACAACUGCCGGGCAUACGACAUGCUAUUCUUAUUGGCGAUGAGUGCCAAUUGCCUGCACUUGUUAAAAGCAAGGUUUCAGAGAAAGCUGGCUUUGGAAGAAGCCUCUUUAAGAGGUUGAGUUCAUUGGGACAUGGGAAGCACCUUCUCAACAUUCAGUACCGAAUGCAUCCUUCCAUAAGUACUUUCCCGAAUGCCAAUUUUUAUGAGAACAAGAUUUUCGAUGCUCCAAGUGUCAAGCAUAAAAGUCAUGAAAGGCGAUACCUUUUACAAUGUAUGUAUGGUUCAUAUUCAUUUAUUAAUAUUGACAAAGGAAGGGAGAUGGUCGAUGAAGGUCAUAGUCGGAAGAAUAUGGUAGAGAUGGCUGCAGUUUUGCAAAUAUUGAGUAAGCUUUUCAAAGCAUCCGUUGCUUUGGGACAGAGGGUUACUGUUGGUGUUGUGUCACCCUACACAGCUCAGAUCGUUGCAAUUCAAGAAAGACUUGGAAAAACAUAUGAACCGUAUGAAAACUUUGUUGUGAAUGUCAAGUCCAUUGAUGGGUUUCAAGGUGGCGAAGAGGAUGUGAUCAUAAUGUCUACUGUCAGGUCUAACAAUAACGGAUCAGUCGGUUUCCUUUCCAAUACUCAACGGACAAAUGUGGCUUUGACCAGGGCCAGGCACUGCCUUUGGAUUUUGGGGAAUGGCCAGACUUUAAUUAACAGUGGUUCUAUCUGGAAGAGAAUAGUCCUUGACGCGAAGCAUCGAGGAUGCUUCUUUAAUGCCAAGGAUGAUAGGAGUUUGGCCAAAGCAAUCAAUUGUGCCAACAACCUUAAGGACUUGUCAAGAUUUUUUGCUUCUCUCGAUCAUGGCAAUGAGCAUGGUGGUUCAGCCCAACAGUUAAGAGAUUCAAAGAAUAGCUCCUGGACGAAAGCAGUUUUGGUGGAAAGUAUUGAUGGUCUACCAAUGAGUGCCUCUACUCAGUUGAAGCCUGAAACAAAGAAUAAAGCAAAAGGUGUUGCACCUGACAGGGGUAAGACUUCACAUCUUAAGAAUCCCAAAAGAAUUGACCCCAUGGAGGGAUUAUCAAGUUUCUUAGCUUCACUUGAUCUAGGGAAUGAACAUGCUGAUUCAACCAUGAUUUCGAGGAAUCGGAGUUCACAACUUAAACAAGUAAAACAAAUAAAAUGGGUGAUGAAAGAAGCUUCAUCUCUACCUCCCACCACAAAUGGCGAUCAGCCUAUGUCAUUUGUAUCGAGUGGCAUUAAGAAAGUUGAACCAGUAGAGGAAAUAGAGACAUCUGAUUUGAGCGAGAAUGUUGCUGCCUGUGGAAUGAAGACUAUCGCGAGGUCCACCAGGUUGGGUGCAUUUGAGAUGCACACAAGGGGCUUUGGAUCAAAGAUGCUGUCCAAGAUGGGAUUUGUGGAAGGUCAUGGGUUGGGAAAAGAUGCUCAAGGCAUGGUUGAGCCCAUAGUGGCUGUACAACGGUCAAAGUUGCUAGGGUUGGGCUUCUCUAAUGGUCAAUGAAUUUGGUAAUUAUGAUGGUGAAAAUGGGUUUUCAUCAAAGGCACUAAUCAAACCGUUGAUUGUAGUCACGGGGAUUGGGUGCUAAAGGUUAGAUGUUACAAGUUUCUUAAAUGGUUUAAUUAAAUUUGUGGUUGAUUGUGUUCAAA